AUGGCAAACUUGAGAUACGAGGCCAAAACCCAAUACUACCAGAACCACGUCCUUGACCUCGCCGUUGACAACGUUACUCUUGAGGACUUCAUCGAUGACUACAUCGAGGAAUACUACCGCCUUGAGGCCAUCUCCGCCCAAUCUUCGGUCUCAUUAGUUUCGAACAACUCUUCAACGAAGUCCAAGUCCAAGCUGAGACGCUUUAUCCGACGUAUUACCAGGAAAAGGCUUUGA